ACAUUUAAUUUUCCGCCGACGUUUGUUUAUUUCGACCAACCUUAGUUUAUCUUGUGAUUAGUAAUCAGUAGUCACAGUAAAUCAAAAGGUUCCAUCUGAAGUGAAAUUCUAUUUUCUGAUUUCUCCAUAGUUCGCGCAUGAUGUUAAGACAUACUCUAUCGCGGUGCAUCAAAUCAAUAGUAAGGCGUUACAGGUUCUUUGCCAACCAGGUGCUGAGGGUUCAGCGAUUCAUAAAUGAACGGAAAUUACUACGCUCUGAAAUGUUUUUUGGACGUCAUGUUGGUGAACAUAAUUUUCAGGGUUGUGAAAUGGUAGGUGAGUCGAGUUAUCAACAUAGGAAUUUGCCAAACAACCGCUCUAAGCGUGACGUAGAUAUCGACUGUGACUCCAAUACCUGUGUGCGUCAAGCUAAGCGUCCACGGCGAUCUGACUCGACCUCAUCGCAUAAAGAGAACAAUGGCCUCUGUUCGGCACCGAAACACAGUUCCCUAUCUAGGUCUACAGUACUUCCAUUAAGGAGCAUCCAUCCAAUGAAUACAAUCAAUGAAUCCACAAAUGUCUCAACACUUGUUCAAAGACCUAAAGUACCUGGAGAUUCAAUUGAAACUACUACUCGGCUGACACGUUCAUGUGGUAACAAAACAAACCCAGUUGCCAUCCAGAAACGUACUUUGCGAAGCACUCACCGACGCAGCACUCAAACUACUCAGGAUGCAAUGUUACGGGUUAGGCUGGAACGUUUCCCCGUUCAGUCUUGUUCUUGUAUACAGUCUGACUCAGUCGUCUGUUCGCAUAGUAGCAGUUUGGCGAAUGGGUCACAGACAGAAACAAAAGCUUCAAAAAAAUUGCUACUCUUUUACCCUCCAAAAAGGUUUAAUUUAGCUAGAAAAGAUCAGGCAGUUAAGCUAAAGCGACUAAACGGAAGGCACAUGGAUUUCGACGUUCAAGAAUUAGGCCAGUCUUUUGGCUGUGAUCUUUCUUCUGUAUCCUCCGAUUCACUACUUAAUCAAUCUGUAGUGGGUGAUCCCCUGGAAAAAUUAUUGCGGUUAUGCGGCCAAACUAUGAUCAAGUCAUUCGAUGAAUAUUUUGAUCACACAAUAAUUGAAAGUAUGGUGAAAAUUGGCGAGGGUGUAUAUGGUGAAGUAUUUCAGUCACCGAAAGGCAAUGUGGUCAAAAUCUUCCCUGUGGAUGGAGAAGAUCUUGUCAAUGGUGAGAAGCAAAUGAAGUUUGGAGAAGUUUAUCCUGAAGUGUUCGUAUCGCAGAGGUUAAGUGAGCUUGCAUACAAGUAUCGACGUGACCGGUCAGUCAAUUUUGCUCAGCUAAAGAGAGCAACUGUUGUUCGAGGAAAACUACCUAAGGCUUUAGUUUCAAGUUGGAGGAAAUAUGAAAACCAACGGGGUUCAGACAACGAAUGUCUGGACUUCUUACCUGCUAAACAACAAUGGAUGGUUUUAGAGUCUGAAUUUGCUGGACAACCACUUUCCAAUGUACGAUUCAACACUUAUCGUGAAGCUCGUUCUGUGAUUGAGCAGAUAGCAUUGUCCUUGGCUGCCGCUGAAUCUGCUCUUCAGUUUGAACAUAGAGACUUACAUUGGCGUAAUGUAUUGGUCCGACCUACUAGACAAUUGAAACUGCGCUAUCGUGUUGGGGGAGUGAGUUAUGCCGUCUUCACUGAAGGAAUACAGGUUACAAUAAUUGAUUUCACAGUAUCCCGUCUUUGUCAUGAAGGCAACAUUGUUUACGUUGAUAUGUCAGAGUCACCAGAAAUUUUUGAGUGUGAAGGGGAUUAUCAAUUUGACAUUUACCGUAUAAUGCGCAAAAACAAUGGGAAUGAUUGGCGCCCCUUUCAUCCAAGUUCCAAUCUUUAUUGGCUUCAUUAUCUUAUGGGGAAACUCUUAAACGAAACAUCUUAUCCCAGACGUGAUCCUGAUUCCCAACCUGUGGAAUCUGAACUGCGCGCAUUAUAUAACGUGAUACUAUCAGGUGAUUAUAAUUCUAUCACACAACUUGUGAGCUCAAGUUUGUACUUCGAUGCUUGUCGAAUCGGUUAACAGGGACUCGACGAACUUCCCAAAACGUCUGAAAUCGUCCCUACUUAGAUUUUUUCCGCCUUCUAAUCUUUCAUAUGAAACUCUACCCUUUUGUUUUGAUAAAUGAUAUGUUUAAGAUAGAACUCUUCCCAUUCACAUUGAGGAACGUUAGCUUUUUGAGAACUUGUAUCAUGAAGUUCGAUAAUCUUAAAGCAAUUUUCCCGGUCUCUUGACAUUUGUUCUGUUUGUGGUUAUUUUUUAGAGAUCCCGUUUCGAAACCGCUUUUGUAUGAUCAAAUAUUGAUUUGCCAGGUUAAUUAUCGUUUGUUUACGAAUGUUAGCGCUUCCGCUGGGUUUCGUUUAUCAUGCCACAACUGGAUAUUUUCUUUGGCGGCUUUUCACUCUGACCUUAUGGAACGGCACAUAUUAUUUUCUUGCUAUUACUUUAGUAACUACUUGAAGUUAACCAACUACUUGUGCUUCCUUAAAAUACAGCAGAUCAAUAGAUGCGUACAACGCCC